CAGCAGCACUUCAUGCUCCCUGGCAUCCUGACCAGCUGUUUGCACGCAGCUCACUCCACUGCCUCAAAAGAAUAACACAAGGCUCGAGAAUUCUACAAACUGAGAAGGAGGAAAAGUCACCAAGCAGAGCUAGACACAGCCCAAAGUGAAGGUAAUUUCGUUCUCUUCCAGCUGGAGAAUACCUCUUCAUACCUGGAGAUAUGAAUGAGACCCAUGCCAACAGCAAUGUCAGCAGUAUCAGCACUACUGUGGAAUUGUUCCAACUCAUCAUGUACACUCCCAUAUUCACCCUGGGAUUGCUGUUCAACAUGAUGGCUCUGUCGUUCCUGUUUUGUAAGGUUAAAAAGCUGUCAGAAUCUACAGUCUACAUGAUAGCCCUUAUUUUCCUGGAUACUUUGCUGCUGUUUACUCUUCCUUUUAAAAUCAUUUCCUACCACCUUCAGGACCAUUGGAACUUGGGGUCUGUGUUUUGCUCCACCUUGGAGAGUCUUUACUUUGUGAACAUGUAUGGCAGCAUCCUCAUCUCCCUCUGCAUCUGUGUAGACCGGUACAUUGCCAUCCAGCACCCUUUCACAGCUCCCGCCCUGCGAUCCAUCAAGAAAGCUGCUAUGGUCUGUGCUGUCAUCUGCCUGGGCACCUCUGCCGGGACAGUCUCUACUUUCCAGCUGCAUGGAAAGGGCCACAACAUCUCAUCCUGCUUCCAUAACUUCUCCAAGAGCACAUGGAAAAACGCAGGCCUGUUCAGUGCCUUGGAAGCCACCUUCUUUGGCAGCAUGGCAACCAUGACCUUCUGCACUGCUCAGACCAUCAGGUGCUUGAGAAAGCACAGAAAACCAGAUAACCUCCAAACACAUACCACGAGGGCAGAGAAGAUAGUGGUGGCAAACCUUGUGGCAUUUCUGGUCUGUUUCACACCUUACCAUGUGGCAUACUUCAUGUACUUCUUGGUGAAGAAUAACAUCAUUCACACCAGGUUUCAGCAGGUGCUACGAGAUAUCCUUCAGGUCACCCUUUGCUGGGCAAACCUGAAUUGCUGUCUUGAUGGGGUGUGUUAUUAUUUUGUUUUAAAGGAGUCCUUGGAGGACCCAUUACAAAACAAGGUAAAAACAACCACAUGAAAGCCUUGAUCCACGUGCUGCAUGUUUGUUACUUGGGAUCAUGUGUCAAGAGGUUUCCAUGGGAAGUUCGGGGUCCUGAACUACUUCUGUAAGCAAUUUAAUUUAAAUAUUCAGAUCUGAAUAUAUUUCAUAAGAAACAGAACUAAGUCCGUUCACAGGGGCCUGCUCUUAACUUUUUU